AGCCGUGUGAAAUAAUUACACAGAAUUUCUUCUUUUUGAAUUUGUCGUUUUUCAAUUGCUUUCUAUUAAUAGCGAUUGAUUACUAAUCCAUUAUUUUUAUUACAAUUCAAAAUUUCAGGUUGUACUAAGUACUUUCCAUUAAUUUUAUGCUAAGAAAUAGAAGUACAUUAAAAGGUGGAACAUUAGUUAUUUAAUUCGUAAAAGCCAUAGAAUUAAUUCUAUGAAAAGCCUAUACAACAAUAAUUUUACAGUUAAGAACAGCUGAUCAUUAUAUGUUUUGUCAGUGAAUUAACCUUCAAAUAGGUAAAAGGUAAUUUAUUUCUUGAAAAAGUCAAACAAUUUUCUCAGUGCGUCAUGGCUCCAAAAGCUCUAAUUUUCUUGGCUUCUGGAGCUGAAGAGAUGGAAUUUGUAAUAUCUGCCGAUGUGUUAGCGAGAGGAGGGGUAGAAGUUACAAUAACAGGUGUCCCAGAAUGUACUUUAGUUAAAUGUAGUCGUGGUGUUCGUAUUCAACCAGACGUUUGCAUUGCCGAUGCUGCAAAGAGAAUACCUUUCGACGUUAUUGUUUUACCUGGUGGCUUAGGAGGUUCUAAAGCAAUGGCUCAAUCUAAGGAAGUAGGAGAAUUGCUUAAAGAACAAGAAGCCAGUGGAAGACAUAUUGCAGCAAUAUGUGCAGCUCCAUUGGCAUUAAAAGCUCAUGGAAUCGCACGUGGCAAAAAUUUAACUUCAUAUCCAAGUGUAAAAAAUGAACUUUUGGAUGGUGAUCACGGAUAUCAAUACAAAGAAGAAAAAGUAGUUAUUGAUGGUACUAUAAUUACGAGCAGAGGACCAGGAACUGCUUUUGAUUUUGCUUUAGCUAUUGUUGAGAAAUUGCAAGGAAAGGAAAAAGCUCAAGAAGUAGCUAAAGGAAUGCUUUUGUCAUGUUAAAAAAACCAAAUGUAACCACGGUUUUAAAGAGUGUUAAGAAAUAUCUUGUGAUUAAAUAUAAUAUGUAAACAUUCUUAUUGAUUGAAAUGAAACGCAUGAUAGAGUUAUAAUUAAAAACUGAAAUAUUGUUGGAGCUAUAAGAGUUUAGACUUUUCGUAGAUCCCCACAUAAUAAUUCAGAAUUUGAACUGAACACACUGUUUACACUACCAUUACACCAACACUCACAAUUACUCUGUCUGGCGCGCGUUUCGAUAACAACAAGUCAGACUGUGUAAUUGUGAGUGUUGGUGUAGUGGUAUUGUAAACAGUGUGUUUUGUAUGAAUAUCACCAACGGUUCCAAAAAUUCCAACUUAGCAUAACUUUAACUAUCCCAACAACGCACACACUGAAAGCUCUCAAAAGCAAUAAUUUAUUCCAGUUUUAGCAGAAUUUUUCAUUGAUGCUUCGUACCUAUCGCCUCAGCGUAAUCUAAUAUGGCUUUCCAAUAAUAAAAUAAUGUUUAGAGUAGAAGUAGUAGUUCCUGAGAUUAGUGCGCUCCUCUAAAAGAAAUUUCCAGAGUUAUAAGUGAAAAUAUAAUCCAACAAAUACUUUUCAAUCUUGAAAGUCAUAGUAGAGUGAUUUGAACUACAAAAAAAAAUAAAUUACUUCUUGAAAAUUUAAAAUAUUCUCACCUGUAAAAAUAGAGGUGGAAUUUAUUUACAUAAAGGUAAAGAUGUUGAUACACAGUAUAUCUUAGACACACUUAUAAGAAUGACAAAGUUUGAAUUGUAGAAAUUUGAAAAAAAUCUUGGAUGGGAGUAUUCAUGGAAUUUGUUUAUGUGGAAUAUAUUUUCUAUUCAAUUAAUUAAUGCAUCUCGGUAGUCACUGCCAAAACUAAAAGAAUUUGAUUUAUGGAAUCAACACUUCAAAUGUAUGAGUAAAACUUCAUAUCUAGAUUCUUCAAUAGUACCAAUAAAAUUCUUGUUGAAAUCAGUUUGUGGUGAUAUUUUCGUACAACUUUAUGGUAAGCUAAUUUUUUUAAAUAUAUUUGUUUACUUUCCGUUUGUAGUGAUUACAAAAUUUAUAUAACAAAUCCCCAUUACAAGGGAGCCUCGACUUUCCCUAACUUUCCUUUCUCUUGUAAGGACAAUAAAGUCUACAGCAACAAUCUUUAGAGGCCCCGUCUCUCCAUCUUAGCCUUGGUCUCCCUCUGCUUCUACUGUCCGUUGAUAUGGCCUUAAUAUUAUUUUUUGUGUGCACGCUGUUGUCGAUGCGUACUACAUGUCUUGUCCAUCUAAGUCUGCCAAUCUUGAUUUUUGUUAUAAUGUCUGUUUUUGACAUUGGUAUUGUCUGUAAAAAUUUCUGUCUCUUAGAAAUUUAGGGAACAUCUUUUUCGCACUUUUCUUUAUGGUGAAUUCCGAUUUGUUAAAAAGUUGCAGGUAUCUAGAUUAAUAUUAAUUGCAGACCUCAUCUGAGUAUCUGUUAUGUCUGAUGCCGAUUACCACUUAUUGAGGAAGAGUUUCCAAUAGGGAAGAGACACAAGGUCACAAACUAAGUAGAAUCAAGCAAUAGAAAGAUUUCAAAGUAGUCCUUUGUAGUAGAACAGUGGGCAGCCAAGGGCUGUUAAGUACAUAUGCUCGUCGUUCUCCACUGGACAUUACCAAGGGCCGAUGUCUUUUGAGAAGUCGAUCAGGCGCUUUAGCUUGAACUGUUUAAUAUCAUUAGGCUUGUCCAAGUGUUUGUAUCGUGCUGGGU